AUGACACGGAGAAUUCUUGUUGUUGGGGCUACUGGCCAACAAGGCAAGGCCACCAUCGACGCCUUAUUCAGAGCACUCAAGAACUCUCCAGAAAAUGAAGACAUCAAGAUCCUUGCUUUGACGCGGUCGAUCACGUCCAAAAAGGCCCAGACGCUUCAAGUAGAGUACCCAUCAAUCACUCUUUUGCAAGGCGACACUCAAUUGCCGCAACCCAUCUUCCAACAACACCCAGAUAUCACAUCAAUCUUUAUCGUCACAGUCCCGCCAAAUGACGAAGCACAGGCCCUUCCCCUCAUUGAAGCAGCCAUAGCACAUCAAUCAGUAGACCACAUCGCCUUCUCCAGCGUUGAUCGUGGUGGCGACGAGGCUAGCUGGUCGCAACCAACUGAGAUUCCUCACUUUGCCGCCAAGCACCGCAUUGAGCUCCGACUACGCGAACUAUGCAAAGAGAACGACAAACGAUGGACCAUCCUGAGACCAACGGGCUUUAUGGACAGCUAUAACCCUGGCUUCUUCGGUCAGAUGAUGGCGUCUCUCUGGGCAGAGGGAAUGCCAAAGGAGCGAAAGAUGCAGCUGAUUAGCACCCAUGACAUUGGCGUGUUUGCAGCAAAGGCGCUUCUGAACCCAGAUGAUUGGGCGGGAAAGGCUGUAGCAUUGGCAGGCGAUGAGUUGAGCUUUUCUGAGCUACAAGACGUCUUUAGAGAAGUGGUUGGAGAGGAGCUACCCCAGACAUAUAAGGUCGUAGCAUACCCCGUGUUAUGGAUGGUCAAAGAUGCUUCGAAGAGCUUCGAGUGGUUCAGAGAUGCGGGCUGGAAGGCAGAUAUACAGAGCCUGAGGGCAAAGGAGCCUGGUCUCCAGGACUUUGCGGCCUGGCUUCGGGAGUCAAGUAAAUGGAGUUGUGUCUGA